AUGGUUUGUGUGGAGGCAUUGCCUCCUCUUACCUCACUCACCCUGAUUUCACCAGGCCAGUGCGUGACCCUCCUGGAUGUGCGUCUGGCUGGGGUGGAGCUGACAUCAGAAGGACAGAACUGGAUCAGUCAGCAGCUGAAACCUGCUGAGACGGUGUGGCUCCGACUGAUCGCUCGACAGAACGAGACCCUCCACUGCCUAGUAUCAGUUAACAGGGGCUCGUUCUUCAACACUUGUGUGAAUGAGGAGCUUUUAAAGGAUGGUUUGGCCCGGACUUCUCCCCUUAUUGGUCUGGACCCUCAGUCACGCAUCUACUGGAGACUUUAUAAGCGCUUGUUGAGGGCUGAGAGCAGAGCAGAGAAAAAAGGAAAAGGCCUGUGGAAGGAAGAGAGCCGUUGGGAGAGAGCUACUAAUGUCUUGAGGAACAAUACACUGCUCGUGUCAAUUAAGAAACUCUUGAAAUGGACAUUUGGGGUUAUAAUAUAGUAAACUAUACAAUUUGCAAAAGAAUAAGGGUGGUUUUAGAUAAUGCAGAGUUGUUUUGCAUGUGUUUUUGAGUAACUUUUUUAUAUGCGUUCUAUUUGUGAUGUAUUGUUGAUGUCAAUGCAUGACUUAAAGUGAUAGUUCACCCAAAAAUGAAAAUUUUCAUCAUUUACUCACACUCAAGUUGUUCCAAACCUGUAUAAAUUUUGUUUUUCUGCUGAACACAAAUAUAUUUGGAAGAUUGCUUGUAACCAAACAGUUCUGGGGCACCAUAUAGUAGUCAAUAGUGCCCCAGAACUGUUUGGUUUUCCACAUUCUUCAAAAUAUCUUCUUUUGUGUUUAACAGAACAACGGAAUCUAUACAGGCUUGAAACAACUUGAGUAAAUGAUGACAGAAUUUUCAUUUUUGGGUGAACUAUUCCUUUACUACCUUAAUAAAAAUGUAAAACUUGAAUUAGAGAGAAAAGCACAAAUUAACUUUCACUUCUUUAAAUAUUCGUCCAUUUGUUUCUUAGCGUGGUGCUUUUCAAUGGUAUAACCUAAUAAUGUAUCUCUUCACACAUGUAUUUACUCAACACAAAAACAUUUUAACACUGUCCCUGAUGUUGACUGUGUGAUAAUCACAUUAUCAUGCUGCCGUACACCUGUAUCGUCGGAGCCCACGUCUUAGUUUUGACAACCGGAAAGCCUUUGUACUCUUGCCUCCUCCUCCCAUAAAUCCAUAUCCCACAGACCUCUCAGUUUUCGCUUACCCUGGGGAGGUGGGGGAGUGCUUUCUCAAGAUGACACGCAGUGGGGGUCUUCCCAUUCCCCCAUUGAGACAAUGAGGAGGGGGGAACCCCAUCACUAUAGAAACAUCACACUCUGGAGACAAAGUGCAUCAAAGGGGGUACCAUCGCAGGGUCCUAAAGGCCUUAGACUUUGGGACGGGAGAAUGAGGCUCAAGAGGGAAAAAGGAGUAAAACAUGGAGUGGGAGUUUAUGAAGCUCUAGAUAGUGAUAGAAACAGUGGAAGGUCAUGUAUUGUGAAAAUAAAUUUUUCAUGUUUAAAUGAGAAAAUAUUUUUUGUUUAAAUAAAAAUGAG